AUGUACAAAUUUUUGCCUGCUGUUGAGGGUGAAAUCAUACAGGUUCAACUAGUCUCAGAGAAGUAUAAGGCUUUGGAAGUUCUUGCUGGCUUUACUCUUGUUUUGUGCUACCUAAACAAGGAGAGAAUGGGAAGACAAGUGCUGCUGCUGACAGGACUGAUGGUCAUCAUGGCAUGCUCUCAGUCUCUCUGUGCGUCAGAUAGUUGCCACGAGGAGGCGUCUCGUCUGCGAGAACAGGAGAAACUUUUGAAGAGCCAGCUUCAGAAACAAGAAGUCCUCCUUCUCAGAUUACAACAGCUGAACCAACCUGGUAAGAUGGACAAAGCCAGAGUCGAGCAGAGCCAGGACACCCAGUAUGCAGACUGUGCCCAGGUUUUUAGCUCUGGUUUCAAAUCCAGUGGCAUCUUCAGAAUCACACCACAGGGCAGCCCAUCACCCAUCAGAGUUUACUGUGACAUGAGUGAAGGAGGCGGAUGGACCGUCGUACAGAGACGGAUCAACGGAACAGAGAAAUUUAACAGGUCAUGGUCAGAGUAUAAGGAUGGUUUUGGAGACAUGGAUGGAGAACUGGGAGAGUUUUGGCUCGGCAAUGACAACCUGCAUUAUGUAACUGCACAAGGAAAUUAUUCUCUAAGGAUUAACUUGGAGGACUUUGAUGGUAGCCAGCGUUAUGCUGAAUACAAGAACUUCAGAGUGGCAGAUGAAAAGGAUCACUACCAACUCACCUUCAGGGCCUAUGUGGGCACAGCUGGAGACGCUCUGUCCGGAAGUCAUGUGCUUGGUGAUUCAGAGUGGGCCAGUCACCAGGGCGCCAAAUUUAGCACCUAUGAUCGGGAUAACGACAACUACAAGGGAAACUGUGCCCAAGAAGACAAAGGAGGAUGGUGGUUCAACAAGUGUCACUCAGCCCAUCUCAAUGGCCACUACUACCCAAAUGGACAUUACAGUGCAAGGACAGAUGAUGGCAUAGUGUGGUACCCUUGGAGGGGAUGGUGGUACUCCCUGAAGACCACCAUUAUGAAGAUAAGACCCACUGACUUCAAAAUGGAUCCAGUUGAUGAUCCCAACACUGUUUAUCAAAGAUCAAUCUCCUGAACUUGGAUCAGACAUCAACACAUGCUACAUCUCAUGGCUUUUAAAAGAGUUACACAAUAAUACAGAGAAUAAACCUGUUUUAUGCUUACUAAUACAUUCAAACAUUAUUCUCCUCUUAUUGUCACUAUACAUUUGAACUUCACUCUGAAAGCAGUGACUGAAUCCAUCCUCAUCUCUUAAAAAACAUGCUACUAAUGUAUUCAGACUAAAUUUUGUCAUUGUAGCCAUGCUUUAUAACCAAAAUGCACUAAACACCUGUUGCAUACUUAUCAUUUAAUGUUCUACUGAUUAACAUAAUUUUGCAAUACGUGAUCAUUAGAACUACAUUUAAGUAACUUCCAUUGUAACAUGUCAAUAUGUGUGAUAUGCCAACAGCAAGAGGCAGCUUCCUCUGCAGACCAGCUAUUUGUCAGUCUGUUGCAAGAGGAAAUGGUGCACAGCUGUCAGUUUUGGUGCAGAGGGAAAGAAGAAAUCUGAUGUGAAAGUGCACAUAUGUAGGAAAUGAAAGUGGUGAAAAGAAAUUAGUUCAAUUCAGUGGUAGUUUUUAACCAUAUAGGCUUUAAGAGGGAAAAUGAUUACAAAUAUGUUCAGUACCUUCAUUUUACAGUGUGCAGUAUUAAACACCUUAUAGCUCACAAUGAAGAUACAUCCAGCUUUGUCUCUUUGACUCUUGGCUCAGCAAAUAAAAAAA